AUGCAGCUCAACGUUACACAAAUUGUUCCGAACUUGCCAGACGAUGUAGCGCCCGAGAACGCGACUCUGGCCCGCUUGAGAACACACAUAUGUAACGUGACGGGUGGGAUUGUCGAAUACAAGGUUCAACUAUUAUCUUCAGAUUCCGUCAGCCUACUUGGUGGCCGCUCCGACGACCGUUUCUUGGAAGACCUUGUUCUUCCAGGUCCUGGGACUUUUGGCGCCGAUAGUACCAUUGGUGGGUUUGCAUAUGCCGCAUCCUACCUUUUCGCCUCGGAAGCAGUUCUUAACUUUGCGGGCGCCGUAAGCGGCUUCACUUUCACCGGCUCCCUCGCCAAUCAACAAGUCCAAAGCGUCAAUUUGUCGAACAUAACCUUCGGCGAUCCAAUGGACUACAUGCUCGACACAAUGCGGGAGAUUGCAUUCCGCACUUCAGUGCGCGCAGGAAAAGACCAGGACAGUUACAACGUCACCAAUGCGGAACAAAAAGUAGCGUACACAGGAACAGCGACGCGUUCAGUCUACGUCACGGAUUUUGGAUACAUGGCCGGCGCGGCCGCAGUGAGCAUCCUGAGUGUUCUGGCUGUGGGGCUGACGUUCUACGGCUGGUGGGAGCUGGGCAAUAACGUUUCUCUCAGUCCGUUGGAUAUUGCAAGGGCUUUUGAUGCGCCGCUGUUGAAGCUCGAGUCUCCAGGUCUGGUUGGUAUGCAGCGUGUACAGUACGGCAAGGAAAUUUCAGGCGAGGAAGAUGCUCAGGCGAAAGAGAUUGGGGGACAGUAUAGUGAGACGGGGCGGAGAAGACUUGUAAUGGGGCUUACGGGGACUGUGAAGAGACCUUCUGCAGGGGAGGUUGUUGUUUUAUAG